ACCCUCUCUGUGCGCUACGAAACCUUUUAUCAUUCGACAUGGAAAAAACGCAACCAGGUGUAGUAUCUCAACAUGGCCCUGACAGCCAGACCCCUUCCACCAUGCCUCCAAGCCCAUCGCUCAAGCGCAAAGACCGUGGAGACGAUGUUGCAUCAGAAGACGAUCAAGGCCAAAAUCACACUGCGCCCCUAAUGAAACGCCAAAAGAUCAACGAGUCCAAGGAGGUGCUACACAAAAGCCCUAAACCCCCUGUUUCCCUUUCAACCCCAACCCUACCAACGCCAACCCAAGCAUCGACAACAGCGACUGUGCCCAAGCCAGAGCAAUUACUGACUCCGCUGCCUGAGGCACCGACCUUGCCAACCCUAGUUCAAACCUCAAAACAAGACGAAUGUCCCAUUGACUGGGCUGUAACUAAGCUCGCUAAUAUGUCUGCCGAACUCAAAGGUGCUUACAUUUUGCGGGCGCCAUGGAAGGGUACGCCGCUUCCCUUCACCAAGAUUGCAGAGACAUGGAACGAGCUGCACGGGGAAAAUAAAUCGCCCGAGUGCCUUCGCAAGCGCUUUAAGCACGCAAACGUGGAAGUUUUCAAAGCGACUGGCACCUUCUACUCCCAUUCUCUUCAAGGAAUUAACCAGCUGGUCCCAGAAGCGGGUAGGCUGAAACCAGCGGGGAAAUCUACUCAGCAAUUCAAGGAUUCUGUCCCGAAAGUAGCCCAGACCACACCCAUGAGGGUUGCCACUCAAAGGACCAAGCGCAUCCGGGUAAUGACUAAGAGUGAGGUUCAUCUUAUUAACUUCCGUAUUCAAGAGAAGCAAACCUUCAAAUUGGAAACAGAACAACACAAGAACCUUGUCAAGAUCAAAAUUGGUGGCGAAGUUUAUAGGAUUAAGAACCAUACCGAAAGGGAAAACAAAGAGAUAUUUCAAUUUCUGUGCACUCUGCCAACAGGCCUAGUGAAACAGCUGCGUUCCGUGAACGACUACAUGCACUGUCCCCGAUUCUGCAAAUGGCCACAACCGAAGAUCCUAAACCCCCUCUAUUUCAACAAGGAAGAGCAGGAUAAUUGGGGCCGGUAUCCUAAUCACCGCCGAUUUGGCUUGGAUGACACGCAGGUGGACGUGGAUGAGGAUGAACAAUAAAUGGAGGACAACUACCCGAGUGCAGUGCAACUAAUAGCAAACGGGGGUGAACAAGACGAGGGUGAUGAUAAGAGCGUAGGAGAGAAGGAUGAAGAGUAGAUAUUGUAGAUAAGGGCUGAUUUGAGGAGGUGUUCUUGUCGAAGGCACUCAUAUGGAUGGUUCGUGGUAGGAGGUUAAGGGUGAAG